GAGUCUAUCUAGAUACCUCAUAUGAGACUUCAAAGAUUUGUAGUAUCAUCGAAUAACAAUAAACAUACCCACAUCCCCAGAAUUUCAUACAAAAACCACCGUCACCAAGUCAUUCGCUACCAGCCUGAAGAAUUCGCUUCCCAGGCAUCACAAACUACCGCAACGGCCUACCUUUCUCCUUCAUAUAAGCAACACACAUCACAAUACGCUACUUCAGUGCCGCCGAUUGACGAAACUCCCCAAUGGUCAGAUGCGAAUUCCGUGUCGAAUGUGUCUGAAACAAUAUCUAUACCACGAUCAGAGAUCGAGAGAUUGAUUCAUGAAGAUACAGAGGGAGACCGCCGACGAUGUGCAAAAUGGAGUCAAUGGGCCCGUGAACAACAAGAAGAAGACAGACCGGCAGUUGGAGCUGAGCCUGUUCGUAUAUGGGAUGAGUAUAGAUAUAGACGCGAGAUACUAGAUAGACAGACACAAGAAUUUGAGAAGGUAAAAGUGGAAGCUGAUGAGGGUUGGAAGGAUUAUUUACAGAAGUCGAAAGCAAGUAAACAGCUGGAAGCUGAAAGACAGGAGAGAUCACGCACAAAUUCCUCAAGGAAUAAUCACUCAAGAGGGGAGCAGGCCACUAGAUAUGUGUCUGGAACAUCAGGUCGACAACUCCCUUACACACCUUUAUCGAAUGAAACCCUUAUCAAUAUCGCAAAGAAAAGCGACAAUAGGGGCAGGCGCAGAUACUAGAUGCUGCAGGGAAAAGAUUGCGCUGUGAGAAGUAUGUGGUAAUUCAUGCCUACCAGAUUAAUAGUGCUGGCACUGACUAGUAUAAAUCAGCCAGUCGGAGCUUUUGAACGAUUUUAGUUAAUUGGGGGUGAUAUUAAUAUUUUGUUGAUUUGGGAGCAGAUUUGAGAAUUUUAAGAGGAAGUUGAUAUGUGUUUCGAAGAAUUUAACUAUGUUCAAAUGCACCA